AUGAAUGAAGUAUUAUUUAGACAAUUAUUCAAAAAUAAAUAUUUAUUGAACAAGGUACUUUCAUUUGUACCGCUGAUUAAUAAGUCACAGUAUGUUGAUAAAGGUUCAUCACCAACAGAAAAGUUACUACCAUCAUUUGGUAUAAAGAAGUUUGGUUCUGCUUCAAAUCUAUGUAAACAUAAAUGUUUUAGAUUAUUACAUUAUAUAAUCAAAUUACCAGAGAAUGUAAAAGAUCAAAUGAGAAGAGAACAUGGAUUACAUUGUGACUUGUUUAUGAUGGAGAAUGUUAUUCCAUUCCUUGAAUGUUGUAAUGACUAUCAAAUCUUUUUAGAUUUCUAUACAAGGUUCCCAGAAGCAUUUAAACUUGCAAAUAUGUAUUAUAACGAUACGCUGUUCAAACCUGCACUUGGAUCAAAAGGUACAACUAAAUUGGCAUUCGAAUCGGCAUGUCUACCAGCCAACUUUGAAAUCAUCCGUCAUCUUUCAAGAGAUGGUUUUAAAGCAGACAAAAGAAGUGGACAGACUCUAAUCAACAUAUUAUCAAACAAGAAUUGUAGUAUGGAGCUAUUAAAGUAUAUAGUCGAAGAAUUAAAAGUAACCCUUAUCACACCAGAAGCAAAGUAUCUAGCAAUAGAAAGUGGUAGGAUAGAGGUGAUAGAGUACAUUUAUGUAAAUUGUAAAAUCGAUAGAACAGAUCGAAUGCCUAACCCUCUUGAUACUACCACUCAAAAGUGUCAGCAGUUACCUUCACUUCAAGUGGUAGAGUUUAUUUGCACCAAAGAUCCAAAAGCUAUUGACAUUAAUGAUGCAAUCGAUCAAAAUAGACUAGAUAUAUUUAUUUACAUGUGUGAGCAUUUUAGAGAACUCGUUCAACUGGAAAAAGUAUUAAUAGAACGUGUUUGCUCGUCAGGUGCUCUCGAUGUAUUAAAGUAUAUACAUCAAAAGUUGUUCAUAUCAGCUGAUCCAGUUGGUUAUUUUGUCGAUCUUAAUUUCAUGAGAAAUGCCGUCAACAAUGGUCACCUUGAAAUUGUUAAAUUCCUAACAUAUGAUUUUACUGUUAAAUCAUCAAGUUAUGUAAUGGAUUUGGCAGCUGCCAAAGGAUAUUUUGAAAUAGUUCAAUUUUUACAUGAAUCAAGAACAGAUGGUUGUUCUAUAUCUGCAAUGGAUGGGGCAAUUAAAAAUGGACAUUUAAAAAUUAUAGAGUUUCUUCAUAAUCAUAGAACAGAAGGAGCAUCACCAAAUAUUAUAGAUUAUGCUUCACAAAUUGGUCGAUUGGAUAUUAUUAAAUUCAUGAUUGAGAAUAAUAGAACAGAGGGAUUCUCUGGAUUGGCUAUAAAUUGGGCUGUUGCACAGGGAAGGUUGGAUAUUGUUCAAUAUUUAACUCCGCACUUGUCAAAAGACACGAGAGCGAAAAUGGCAGAGGCUGUCGUCAAUGCUGCUCAUAUAGGGAGCGUCGACAUUUUGGAUUGGUUGGUAGAACAUGGAUACAAACUUUUGGAGAAUAAUUGUAUGAUGGCUGCCAUUGGAAAUGGUCAUUUACAAGUGGUUCAAUAUCUUGUCAAUCGUAACAACACCAAAAUAGCGGUCACCGCUGAACAAGUAUCACUAGCAAUAGAAGAGAAUAGAGUAGUAUCACCUGCCAGUCUAAAGAAGCUAUAUGAUUUUAAUCACAAGUUCCACGCCAGUUUUAUGCUAAUAGAUCAUCGACAAUUUAUGAUAGAUUAUACAAAAUCUUCAAGUUUUUUCUCUUCCCUUUUCAAGAAAUAA